AUGUCUGGUGUUCUUCUUUGGGUGAGUCGUGGACCCAAGGAGAACCCCAUCUCUAUUGUUGGUUUUGCCGGGAGAGGUGGUAAGAGCCAGAGGAGGUUUGGACUGUGCAAUGGGAUCAGUUUUGCAAGCUUUUCACCUGCAGUGGCAGACCCUUCAAGAUCUUCAGAAGAGAGGGUCUAUGAAGUGGUGUUGAAGCAAGCAGCACUGGUCAAGGAGCAAAAUAAGGCUACAAAGAGAGCUCUGAAUUUGGACAAACCAAUUGAAGGUGAUUUAACCAAUGGGGAUCUGUUGAGUGCUGCUUAUGAUAGGUGUGGUGAAGUCUGUGCUGAAUAUGCCAAGACAUUUUAUCUAGGCACACAAUUGAUGACCCAAGAGCGCAGAAAAGCCAUCUGGGCCAUAUAUGUGUGGUGUAGAAGAACAGAUGAGCUAGUGGAUGGCCCUAAUGCUUCUCACAUUACACCAAAGGCCCUGGACAGGUGGGAGAAAAGAUUAUGUGAUGUUUUUCAACGACGCCCUUAUGAUAUGUAUGAUGCUGCCCUCUCAGAUACAGUCUCAAAGUACCCAGUUGAUAUACAGCCCUUUAAGGACAUGAUUGAAGGGAUGAGGCUGGACCUGAGAAAGUCAAGAUACAAUAACUUUGAUGAACUCUACCUUUACUGCUACUAUGUAGCAGGGACAGUGGGCCUUAUGAGUGUUCCAGUAAUGGGGAUAGCACCAGAAUCAAAGGCUUCAACAGAGAGCGUCUACAAUGCUGCAUUGGCACUUGGCAUUGCGAAUCAACUUACCAACAUUCUCAGAGACGUUGGAGAAGAUGCAAGAAGAGGUAGAAUAUAUCUUCCACAAGAUGAACUAGCACAAGCUGGCCUAUCAGAUGAUGACAUUUUCAUAGGGAAAGUUACAGACAAGUGGCGCAAUUUCAUGAAGGGACAAAUACAAAGAGCGAGGAUGUUUUUUGAUGAGGCAGAGAAGGGAGUUUCAGAGCUGAACUCUGCAAGCAGAUGGCCAGUAUGGGCAUCUUUGUUGUUGUAUAGGCAAAUCUUGGAUUCUAUUGAGGCUAAUGACUACAAUAACUUCACUAAAAGAGCUUAUGUAGGAAAAGUUAAGAAGCUCUUGUCACUGCCAGCUGCUUAUGGAAGAGCACUUAUAGGUCCCCAAAAGUUGACCAAAAUGGUUACAAGGAUGUAA